GGCCUAACUGACGCCUGCGCCGCGAGGCGUGGUCGGCCCCGCAGAGGCCCGCUGGGAGCAGGGAAGGAGCAUGCGCGGAAGCCCGGUAAGGCGGGGGGCGCUGGCUGGGCUUCCCGACCAUGGCGAAGAAGCGGGGCCAAGACGAAGCCCCUGGUCCCAACCCGUCGGUGCUGUUUCUGCACCCGGACCUGGGCGUGGGCGGCGCCGAGCGGCUGGUGCUGGACGCGGCGCUGGCGCUGCAGGCGCGCGGAUGUAGCGUCAAGGUCUGGACGGCGCACUACGAUCCCGGCCACAGCUUCGCGGACAGCCGCGAGCUGCAGGUGCGCUGCGCCGGGGACUGGCUCCCGCGCAGCCUGGGCUGGGGCGGCCGCGGCGCCGCGGUUUGCGCCUACGUGCGCAUGAUCUUCCUGGCGCUGUACGUGCUGUUCCUCGGCGACGAGGAGUUCGACGUGGUCGUGUGCGACCAGGUGUCUGCCUGCAUCCCAGUGCUCAAGCUGGCCAGACGGCGCAAGAAGAUCCUGUUUUAUUGCCACUUCCCAGAUCUGCUUCUCACCAGGAGAGACUCUUUGCUGAAGCGCUUCUACAGGGCCCCCAUUGACUGGGUAGAGGAGUACACCACUGGCAUGGCGGACUGCAUCCUAGUCAACAGCCGGUUUACAGCUGCCGUUUUUAAGGAAACCUUCAAGUCACUGUCUCACAUAGACCCCGAUGUCCUCUACCCAUCUCUGAAUGUCACCAGCUUUGACUCUGCUAUUCCCGAAAAGCUCGAUGACCUCGUCCCCAAGGGGAAGAAAUUCCUGUUCCUCUCCAUCAACAGAUACGAAAGGAAGAAAGAGCUGACUUUGGCCCUGGAAGCCCUAGUAAAACUGCGUGGAAGAUUGACAUCCCAAGAUUGGGACAAAGUUCAUCUGAUCAUGGCAGGUGGUUACGACGAAAGAGUCCUGGAGAAUGUGGAACACUAUCAGGAAUUGAAGGAAAUGGUCCAGCGGUCUGACCUUGGACAGUGUGUGACCUUCCUGCGGUCUUUCUCAGACACACAGAAAAUCGCACUUCUCCACGGCUGUACCUGUGUGCUUUACACACCAAGCAAUGAACAUUUCGGCAUCGUCCCUUUGGAGGCCAUGUACAUGCAGUGCCCAGUCAUCGCAGUUAAUUCGGGUGGGCCCUUAGAGUCGGUCGUCCAUGGUGUCACAGGGUUUCUGUGUGAGCCUGACCCGGUGCACUUCUCAGAAGCGAUGGAAAAGUUCAUCCAUGAACCUUCCUUAAAAGCCACAAUGGGACUGGCUGGGAGAGCCAGGGUGAAGGAGAAGUUUUCCUCUGCAGCUUUUACAGAACAGCUCUACCAGUGUGUCACCAAACUGCUGGUAUAAUCAGAUUUUUUUAAAGGCCUUUAUACUGUAUUCAUUAGUAUCAUUUUUUGUAGAUUGUAGACUCACUUUUGAAACCGAAAAAGAAACCUAGAGUCCAUUGCAGAAGCGAUUAAAAGAAAAAUACACUUGAACCUUGAACCUGAGCCACUUUCCUAUGCAGCACGCCUUCCUAUCUACUUUUUCAGAAAAAACGAAGUAUCUUUCAUGCUAUAAUUAUUCCAUAUCUUACCAUUGUUAAGAUAUAAAAGUGGUACAAUUCCACAUUCAUCAAAAAAUUUCAGUUAUAUUUUCUCUAGAUUGUUGUUUUGCCUAUAAAUUUCGAGUCAUAGUGUGGCUUACUUAGCACACUGUAGUUUAAGCAUAUCAUCAUUAAAGUCAAUUAAUUUGGGUUCAUAGCAUAAUGAGAACAGGGUCACUGUAGGGGCGCCUGGGUGAUUCGUCAGUUAGGCGUCUGCCCUCAGCUCAGGUCAUGAUCCCAGGGUCCUGGGAUUGAGCCCCACAUUGGGCUCCCUGCUUAGUGGGGAGUCUGCUUCUCCCUCCCCCUUUGUCCCUACCCUCUGCUGGUGCACUCGCUCACUCUCUUAAGUGAAUAAAUAAUCAUAAAAAGAACAGGGUCACCAUAGUUCCCAAAAUCAAUGCACGUAAGCAUUCACUAUCCUCUGUUAGGAAAUUUUUGUUAGUCAUACCUUUGCCUGGAUCCAUAGGAAGAAUGUUCUGCACUUUUUUUACAAAGAUGAUUUAUUAUAUUUUUGCACACUGAGAUGUGACAAUAAAAUAUGUUUAUCAUAGGAAAAGAAAGCAUACUAGAUUUGGGCCUCUGUGAUCUGUUUGGUAUUGUUAGCAGUGUGGACAGCCAAGCCUGAAGUCUGAAACUAGAGUAAACUGGAUGUUGCCAUAAAGGGACCUCAUCAGUCGGGUGUGCAUCUUACGUAUGUCUGCUUUCUUCAUGUCUCUGAGUCAUUGGCUUUGUUAACACUGGUGUUGUGUCAAGUAAGCUCCUACUAAGCGUAAUACACACUUGCUUUGUGUCCCUCAAGUCCUGCUUCAGAUGCCAUGGCUGUGAAGCUUUCCUUGACCGUCCUCCCACCUCCCUCCUCCCAUCCUGGCCUUCCUUAUCCAUGGACCCUAGCCCUUUUGUGGCGCAGACCAGUCUUACAGUUCCUUACUUACCUGUUGGCCUAAGUACAAAGAAACAAAAAGCACUUUUCAACAUAUCUUUAUAGCUAAAUUCUUUUUUUUUCUACCUUUUUUUUUUAUUCCAGCCCAGCAUGGGGCUUGAACUCACGAUCCCAAGAUCACAGGUCCCAUGCUCUACCAACUGAUCCAGUCAGGUGCCCCAAAAGCUAAAUUCAUUUUUAAAAAAGAGCAACGAUCGGUAGCCAAAGGCUCCACAUGCAUCAAUUCUAAGAGUAUAGGCCUGGGAGCCCAACAGCCUGUGUGACCUUGGACAAAUUACUUCAUUUCUGUGCCUCAGCUUCUCCAUCUGCUGUAAUAUUUUACAUUCUUCAUAGAGUAGUUACGGCAGAUUACCAUAAUAUAUGUGAAGUGCUUAAAAACAGUACUUGGCACAUGGUAUGGGCUAUGUAAAUGUUAGCCUUGUAAUCUGGGGAUACUGAAAACCUGUAGAAGUCCCAUGUGGGUUCGUGCUGCAUUACCAUAUUGUUCUUUGGGGUUUUUUAUAGAAUGCAAUUUCAGGUUGUAAUUUAUCACAUUAGUCUGUAUCAAAGAAGUAUUGUAAUGAAAUGACUGUAUCAAAAAGGAGUUCUUUAAAACGAGAGUCAAAUAUAUUAAGUCUUCUAGGGAAUGAAAA